CCAUCAUUCUCUCCCUCUGUUAAAGGAGUUUCUUCGCACAUAGGUCCUUUUUGUCCUAUUAUUCACAGGUCGAGCUAGCUCUCGAUCGUGACCCUUGUGUGUCGUUUCUUCUUUUCCCUUUUCCCUCACAUAUCCAACCCCGCCUCUACGGCCUUGAUCUGAAAAAUCAGUCAAGAUGGUUAACUUCACUAUCGAAGAGAUCCGCGGCCUGAUGGACCGUCCGACCAACAUUCGGAACAUGUCCGUCAUUGCCCACGUCGAUCACGGAAAGUCCACCCUUUCCGAUGCCCUGGUCCACCGUGCCGGUAUUAUCUCUGCCGCCAAGGCUGGUGAGGGUCGUUACAUGGACACCCGUCCUGACGAGCAGGAGCGUGGUAUCACCAUCAAGUCCACUGCCAUCUCCCUGUACGCCAAGUUCGAUGAUGAGGAGGACCUCAAGGAGAUCCCCGGCUGCAACGGUGGCGAGUUCUUGAUCAACUUGAUCGAUUCCCCCGGUCACGUUGAUUUCUCCUCCGAAGUCACUGCCGCUCUCCGUGUCACUGACGGUGCCCUCGUCGUCGUCGACUGUGUCUCCGGUGUCUGUGUCCAGACCGAGACUGUCCUUCGUCAGGCCCUCACUGAGCGUAUCAAGCCCGUCCUGAUCAUCAACAAGGUCGACCGCUCCAUGCUCGAGCUUCAGAUCUCCAAGGAGGACCUCUACCAGUCCUUCUCCCGUACCAUUGAGUCCGUCAACGUCAUCAUCUCCACCUACCACGACCCUGCUCUUGGUGACGUCCAGGUCUACCCCGACCGCGGUACCGUUGCUUUCGGUUCCGGUCUCCACGGCUGGGCCUUCACUGUCCGCCAGUUCGCCGUCAAGUUCGCCCGCAAGUUCGGUGUCGACCGCAAGAAGAUGCUUGAGCGUCUGUGGGGUGACAACUACUUCAACGCCAAGACCAAGAAGUGGACCAACAAGGCCCCCGAGGGUGGUGAGCGUGCCUUCAACCAGUUCAUCUUGGACCCCAUCUUCAAGAUCUUCGCUGCCAUCAACAACGACAAGAAGGACCAGAUCCCCACUCUCCUCGAGAAGCUCGAGAUCAAGCUCGCCAACGACGAGAAGGAGCUCCAGGGCAAGCAGCUCCUGAAGGCUGUCAUGCGCAAGUUCCUUCCCGCCGCCGACGCCAUGUUGGAGAUGGUCUGUAUCCACCUGCCUUCUCCCGUCCAGGCCCAGAAGUACCGUGCCGAGACCUUGUACGAGGGUCCCAAGGACGACGCUGCCUGCGUUGGUAUCCGCGACUGUGACCCCAAGGCUCCUCUGAUGCUGUACGUCUCCAAGAUGGUGCCCACCUCCGAUAAGGGUCGUUUCUACGCUUUCGGUCGUGUCUACUCCGGUACCGUCCGCUCCGGUCUCAAGGUCCGCAUCCAGGGUCCCAACUACGUCCCUGGCCAGAAGACCGAUCUCUUCAUCAAGAGCAUCCAGCGUACCAUCCUGAUGAUGGGACGUUUCGUCGAGCCCAUCGAGGAUGUUCCUUGUGGUAACAUCGUCGGUCUGGUCGGUGUUGACCAGUUCUUGCUCAAGUCGGGUACUCUUACCACCGAUGAGACCGCCCACAACCUUAAGGUCAUGAAGUUCUCCGUCUCUCCCGUCGUCCAGCGCUCCGUUGAGGUCAAGAACGCUCAGGAUCUGCCCAAGCUCGUCGAGGGUCUCAAGCGUCUGUCCAAGUCCGACCCCUGUGUCCUGACCUACAUCUCCGAGUCCGGUGAGCACGUCGUUGCCGGUGCUGGUGAGCUCCACCUCGAGAUUUGCUUGAAGGAUCUCGAGGAGGACCACGCUGGUGUUCCUCUCCGUAUCUCCGACCCCGUCGUCCAGUACCGUGAGACCGUCAGCGGCACUUCCAGCAUGACUGCCCUGUCCAAGUCCCCCAACAAGCACAACCGUCUCUACCUGACUGCCCAGCCCCUUGACGAGGAGGUCUCCCUCGCCAUCGAGGCCGGCAAGAUCAGCCCCCGUGACGAUUUCAAGGCUCGUGCCCGUAUCCUUGCUGACGAGCACGGCUGGGAUGUCACCGAUGCCCGUAAGAUUUGGUGUUUCGGUCCCGACACCUCCGGUGCCAACUUGCUGGUUGACCAGACCAAGGCCGUCCAGUACCUCAACGAAAUCAAGGAUUCCGUUGUCUCCGGUUUCCAGUGGGCCACCCGUGAGGGUCCCGUUGCUGAGGAGCCCAUGCGCUCCAUCCGCUUCAACAUCCUUGAUGUUACUCUUCACGCUGAUGCUAUUCACCGUGGUGGUGGUCAGAUCAUCCCCACUGCUCGUCGUGUCCUGUAUGCUGCUACCAUGCUUGCCGACCCCGGUAUCCUGGAGCCCAUCUUCAACGUCGAGAUCCAGGUUCCCGAGCAGGCCAUGGGUGGUAUCUACGGUGUCCUUACCCGCCGCCGUGGUCACGUCUACACCGAGGAGCAGCGCCCUGGUACUCCCCUCUUCAACGUCAAGGCCUACCUGCCCGUCAACGAGUCCUUCGGUUUCCCCGGAGAGCUCCGUCAGGCCACCGGUGGUCAGGCUUUCCCCCAGUCUGUCUUCGACCACUGGUCUGUCCUUCCUGGUGGAUCUCCUCUUGACGCCACCACCAAGCCCGGUCAGAUCGUUGCUGAGAUGCGUAAGCGCAAGGGUCUCAAGGAGCAGGUUCCUGGCUACGAGAACUACUACGACAAGCUGUAAACACGUUCCAAGCAAGCCGACUAGGUUUCAAGUCUGUGAUGGUUGGAAUCCUAUUAUGAGAUUGACGAACGCAAUACCCUGUCUACGUUGAGGGGGAAGGAAAAUGAAAAUGAGGUGAAACAGCUUAAUGUCGUAUGUGGAUUGUCGAAUACCUAGAAGUAGAAUCCAGGUGUGCACGAGCAUUGCUUUGGCUUUUUUAUUACGUUUACGACUGCGUGAGCUUUUCCAAUAGUUCAGUUGCUGUCCCAUAGUUGGACAUUAAAAUAUGAGAUGGCAGUUCAAGUUC